AUGGGAAAACCAUCUGGAGGAGGUUUCUUGGCUGCGUCCCAACUGCACACCAGCAUGCUUCAACAAGUUCUUACCUCAAGUGAUGCAUCAAAAUCGUCUCUAGUGUAUAGCUACCACCGGAGCUUCAGCGGCUUUGCAGCGAGGCUCAACGAAGACGAGGCUCGAAAACUCGCGGUGAUGGAUGGAGUUGUUUCUGUGUUUCCAAGUGAAAAAAAACAACUUCACACAACAAGAUCAUGGGAUUUCAUGGGUUUCUUCCAAGAUGCUCCAACAACAAGAUUGGAGAGUGAUAUAAUCAUCGGAAUGUUGGAUACCGGAAUUUGGCCGGAAUCUCAAAGCUUUUCCGAUGAAGGCUUUGGCCCGCCACCAUCUAAAUGGAAAGGGGAAUGCAAACCGACUCUUAAUUUCACAUGCAACAAUAAAAUAAUUGGAGCUCGAUUCUUUCGGAGCGAGCCGUUCGUCGGAGGCGAUCUUCCUUCUCCAAGAGAUGUAGAAGGCCAUGGAACUCACACCUCAUCCACCGCCGGCGGUAAUUUUGUCUCCAACGCCAACCUCUUCGGCCUCGCCGCCGGCACCUCUCGAGGCGGUGUUCCCUCCGCCCGCAUUGCUGUCUACAAGAUUUGCUGGUCCGAUGGUUGCCCCGACGCCGACAUCCUCGCAGCUUUUGACCAUGCAAUUGCUGAUGGUGUCGACAUCAUCUCCCUUUCUGUCGGAGGUUUUGGCGCCAGCGAUUACUUAGACGAUCCCAUUGCUAUUGGGGCUUUUCAUGCAAUGAAGAAUGGGAUUCUGACGUCAAAUUCCGGUGGCAAUGAUGGCCCUAACCUUGGUAGUAUCUCUAAUGUUUCUCCAUGGUCGUUAUCGGUGGCUGCUAGCACAAUCGAUAGGAAGUUUGUGACUAACGUGGCGUUGGGUAAUGGAGAAUCCAUUCAGGGGAUCUCUGUGAACACCUUUGAUCUUGGAGAUAAAUUGUUUCCACUUAUUCAUGCUGGUGAUGCUCCUAAUACAACUGCGGGUUUUAAUGGAUCAACAUCAAGGUUAUGCUUCCCAGGUUCUUUGGACGAGGAUAAAGUUCAGGGAAAGAUUGUUAUAUGCGAUUUGAUCAGUGAUGGAGAAGUAACCCAGAGUAGUGGUGCGGUUGGUACAAUAAUGCAAAAUCCUAACUUCCAAGACGUUGCCUUUCUUUUCCCCCAACCUGUUUCCUUAAUAAGUUUCAACACUGGAGAAAAACUUUUCCAGUACCUGAGAUCAAACAGCAACCCAGAAGCUGCCAUAGAAAAGAGUACUACCAUUGAGGAUCUGUCUGCUCCAGCUGUAGUUUCCUUCUCAUCAAGGGGUCCUAACUUAAUUACACUGGACAUUCUCAAGCCUGAUUUGGCAGCACCAGGAGUGGAUAUAUUAGCAUCUUGGUCUGAAGGCACAUCAAUCACAGGUUUAGUAGGGGAUAAACGAAUAGCUCCAUUUAACAUAAUAUCUGGCACAUCCAUGGCUUGCCCACAUGCAACUGGAGCGGCUGCCUAUGUCAAAUCCUUCCACCCAACUUGGUCUCCUGCUGCUAUUAAGUCAGCACUUAUGACAAGUGCUUUUCCCAUGAGUCCAAAGUUGAACACGGAUGCUGAGUUAGGAUAUGGAGCAGGUCACUUAAAUCCAUCAAAUGCCAUUAACCCUGGUUUAGUCUAUGAUGCUGAAGAGCUCGACUACAUAAAGUUCUUAUGUGGGCAAGGAUAUAGUACAAAAGAUCUUCGUCUUGUUUCGGGUGACCAUAGCAACUGUUCGGAUGUUACAAAAACAGCUGCAUCAGAUCUAAACUAUCCAUCUUUUGGUCUAGUAAUCAAUUCUACAAGUCAAAGAUUGAUUAGUCGUGUCUACCACAGGACCGUCACAAAUGUCGGGCUGCCAGUCUCAACUUACAAGGCAGUUAUUAAAGCUCCGCCCGGACUCAAAGUUACCGUACGUCCUGCUACUCUUUCUUUCCGUUCACUUGGACAAAAGAUAUCCUUCACUGUGACCGUGAGGGCUAAAGCAAAUGUUGUUGGAAAGGUAGUCUCUGGUAGCUUAACUUGGGAUGAUGGAGUGCAUCUGGUGAGGAGCCCCAUCGUUUCAUUUGUUCUUCCAUAAUCAUGAGAGCUUCAUGUACUUAUUUAGUAUUGUGGGGAAGUUCCUUUAAUUUCCUUUUAUUCCAAGUGAUUUGAUGAUUCUAACAAUAAAUUCUUCUUUUUGAGCUA